AUGAGCGUUCUGUGCUCUCCAGUGAACUGCCAACUGGAAGUGCAAGCCACAGCUUGUAUUAACUAUAAUGGAGAAAUAGUUCAUAACAUUAGUGCUGAUAUGUUAGAAGAUAUUAAAACACUUGGUAAAGGUCGUUAUGGAACAGUUACGCUUGUCCAAAUUGCAAAGUAUCCACAUAUAAGAAUGGCAGCAAAAAGAAUGACACUCGAAACGGAUGCAUCUAACAGAGCACCGGUAAUUACAGAUCUAAGAACAAUGAAAGCAGUUGGAUCAGAAGGAUAUCCAUAUAUAACAAAAUUUUACGCGGCAUUAAUCGAUACGGUAAGUGAAUUAGUUAUAUGUAUGGAAGCCUUAGAUACCUCAGUAGACAAAUUGUAUCGAACAAUACAUCAAUCGAAAGAAUUAGAAUUAUUAAGAUCUAAAGAAAAUAAGUUUAAGCAUCUGUUGAAUUUAUUACUUUAUCGUCUGGUACACAACAUUGUUCAUGCAUUAGAUUUUCUUAAACAAAAACAAAUAAUACAUCGUGAUGUUAAGCCACAAAAUAUAUUAGAGAAAAAUCCCCAACUACGUCCACAAUCCUACAAUGAAAUUCUUCAAAUAAGUAUUAUUCAUUCUGAAUCAGUAGAACCGACCGCAGAAGAAAUUGAUUUCAUAACAGAAGUGAUAUCAUUUAUAUAA